CUAACCAUUGUUCGACCACAUGAAUAUUUCAUUAGGUACCUUAAUCACUCAUCGCAUUGUAUUGUAGCGACCAGUUGCAGGUUGGGUCUCUACGUGCCAUAAUAUCUCGCGCACCAGUAAGAGCAAAAUUUACUACCAUUCUUUCCUGUUGUAUUUCUUCAAGAUAGCAAAGUAGCAAGCCAUGUCUUCUGAAGAAUCGCUUAAGAAGUCUCAAGAACAACCAAACAACAACGUGGACGCAGCUGGCGUAGAGCUAAAGCACCGGUCUACGCCGAAAGAAGGCUGGGGCGACGCGAAGUCCGACAGGCGGAAGAAGGUGGUGGGCGCCCUGAAGGCGGCCUGGCCUCACGUCAAACUCUUCAUCAUUCUUGUCAUCUACUCCAUGUUCGGCGCGGUGGGCUUUUGGCUGAUAGAAUACCCUCACGAAACAGCCCUGGUGGCGAACUUCACAGAAGCGAGGACCCAGUUGCUGAAGGAUAUGUGGAACGUCUCCCAGGUCUUUACGGGGGGCGACUGGACGGAGGAGAUGACGAUCUUGGUGGAGCGGUACGAGCACACCAUCUUGGCAGCGUACGACGGAGGGAUCGACCCUCGGGGGGUGACAGGGGGGCAGGCCGAGCUGCAAUGGGAUGUUGCCGGCUCUCUCUUCUUCUCCGUCACUGUCUUCACCACAAUCGGCUACGGACACCAGACUCCCGCCACUGUUGCCGGUCGGGUCUUCUGCAUCUUCUACGCCAUUUUCGGGAUCCCCAUCCUGCUCCUGACCCUGGCGGACAUAGGCGAGCUGCUGGCGAGGGGACUCCGGUACAUCGCCGCGACCGUCAACUCCAAGCUGAGACCCAACAUGAUGGAGUCAAGGAAGGACGAUGUGCCGCUGUACGGUAUCUUCAUCGUGGUGUUCUUGGUGAUGAGCCUCGGGGCCCUCGUCAUGAUGCAGAUGGAGGACUGGACUUUCGAGCAGGCCUUCUACUUCAUCUUCGUCACCUUCAGCACCAUCGGCUUCGGUGACCUGGUGCCGCGCCACAAGAUGUACUCCCUGGCGGCAUCCCUCUACUUCCUCCUCGGCAUGGCCCUCAUCUCCACCUCCUUCAGUCUCAGCCAAGACGAGGUGGGGAGGCUGCUGAAGAAGUGGGGCGACCUCAAGGCGUCGUGUAAGAAGAGGGUGUGUCCGUGCUGCGCCAACCGGGUGGGUUCGGAGCUGGAGGUGGGCGGGGACGACCCUGGUGUCAGCGGCCAGGACAAGACCAAGCUGGUCACCAGGAAGACACAGAUCGGCCUGCCCAUCGGGAUCAUGAGGGGCGACGCUUUGAGCGAGGACAGGAAGGAAGACCGGUUCCAUUGAUACCAAACGACCAAACACGACGCAAGAGCAAAAUUCCUCUUUUCAAUUGUACAUCUGGACGCAAAUACAACGGGAUAGAGUCUCCCGAAAUCGAAGUCAGUGUGACAUAACGUACCUUAGUACAACGCAAGUCAUUUAGGGUUUGGAAAGACUGGCAAUUUUGAAACUCUUAUUUUGAAGCUUUCUUCAUCUUCACGCCACUUGAAAGAUCAUUUUCACGCUGAUAAUGUACUGUACUGUUUCAGUCAUAUAAAUGUAACUCUUCUUGACUUUGAACUUAAAUUUUCCAAAUGCCAAGUGUCUUUUAUAUCUUAAAAACGGCCAUCGCUGCAGCAAGGAAACGGGAGAUUUUCCUCGUCCUGAUAUGAUAAGUUUUGCUUGUUGGAUCUUUUGUUUACUAGUAUUCGUGAAAAACUCAAAUCGCCUGCUGGAUACUUUUCAUUGAGGUCACCUGGGAUGAAUGAGGUCAUGGUCAGACAAAAUAUACCAAAGAUGCAGAUUUCAUGACUGAAGUCCUGUGUACAUUGAAGUAUUAAGCAUGCACUCAGUCUUAAAUGGCCUAGCUGUAAGAUCUUAGCAUUGAUAUUUAUAAUGUAAGAGAGAAUGUUAUAACAAAACAUGUACAAGCAGGGUAUAUAGUGGUGUCCAGUUGCUAUUGGCUAUACAAUUUACAUCAUGUUAUGGUUACUAGCGCUACAUACAGUCAAGUACAAUCAGUAAACCUUCGUCCAUGCAAAC